GGUACCCAGUUCCCAAACCUGCAUUGAUCUCACUUCUGGAGGGAGGGGAUAUGGCUUGGGGCCUGGAAACACAGGAUGAUCCCCCGACAGAGAGGACCAAAAACAUCUGUAAAGAGGUAACAGUCUGCGUGGGCCAGACCUGAGCUAGCCGCCCGGGCUGCGGCCACAGCUGGCCGGGCGUGACCACCGCCAAGGCGGAGAGACCUUGCUCCUAGAGAGGCCCGGCCGCCUGGUGACGCACAUCCGGCAGCGCCGGGGAGCAGCUGGCUGCGGAGGUGAGUGCAGGGCUCCGGGCCCCGUGGGCCGUGCCCUGUCCCACAGGCUCUGGGUCUGGCUGAGACUCACUCCCACCCUGGGUGCAGCUGGGUCUCCGGUGGCCUACGCUGCCAGGAGGCCCAGGCUGGGAGAGGGAGCAGGGCGGCGGCCCGGGGUGCUCUUCCGCGCUCCUCGACUCCAGCUUUGGGGUUUGUGGCUCAGUAGGUUGCGCCCAUUGGAAGGGGAAAUCCAUGUUGCUGUCCCAGCCACGAGGUCCCGAGCAUUUAGCACUUGAUCAGCUGGGGGAAGAUGUGUCGGUGCAGCUAAAGGGUGGAAUAUUUGCGGGCAUGAAGCGGCCCGAGGUGAUACCACAAGUCGUUUGAUAUGCUGAGGUCUGGCAGGAACAUUAACCUAUGUGCAUCCCAAGUAUGGACCGUGUGGUCCCAGGCUCCUGACAUAGGGUCAAGAAUUAGGGCCGCGUGGGAGCACAGAGCCCCUCCCAGUCACCCGGCAGCAGAAGCCCGGCUUUUGGAGGACACUGUCUCUUGGAGCAGUGUCAGCCCUAAAAGUAAUAAAAAGCAUCCAUGAACAUACCACUCAAUUAAGAAAGAGAAGAUUGCCAGUACUGCUGAAUUUAUCAAUGUAUUCCUCCUCCUCAACCCAACUCCCAGCCUUCAACCCCUAGAGCUCCAGUCCUUCUCUGAGAGGGGGACCAGGGGAUGGCAGCCAUGCACCUGACAGCCUGGCCCCAGGGCCUGAGCCAUGGAAUUGGCCCUAGGGCAGCAGGAACCUGUUGUUUCAGAAGUUGGUGACCUUUGAGGACGUGGCUGUGUACUUCACCCAGGCGGAAUGGAAUGGUCUGUCCCCUGCACAGAGGACCCUGUACAGGGAUGUGAUGCUGGAGAAUUAUGGGAAUGUGGCCUCCCUGGGAUUUCCACUUCUCAAACCUGCUGUGAUCUCACAACUGGAGGGAGGAGGUGAGCUGGGGGGCCCAUCUCCACUGGCUGCAGGAACAGGCCUCUGGGGCCUCCGGACUGUAGAUAUUCAGACUGACAAUGAUUUGACAAAGGAAAUGUAUGAAGGAAAAGAGAAUGUAUCAUUUGAACUUCAAAGGGACUUUUCCCAGGAAACAGACUUUUCAGAAGCCUCUCUUCUAGAGAAACAACAGGAAGUCUACUCAACAGGAAAUACAAAGAAGGAGAAGAGCAACAGCAUUGAUGGAACAGUGAAAGAUGAGACAAGCCCCAUGGAGGAGUGUUUUUUUAGUCAAAGUUCGAACUCAUAUCAGUGUCAUACCAUCAGGGGAGAGCAGCGCUCUGGGUGUACAGGAUUGGGGAAAGCCAUCAGCUUUGAUACAAAACUCGUUAAGCAUGAAAUAAUUAAUUCUGAGGAAAGACCUUUCAAAUGUGAAGAAUUAGUGGAGCCCUUUAGGUGUGACUCUCAACUUAAUCAACAUCAAGAAAACAACACUGAGGAAAAGGCUUAUCAGUGUUCGGAGUGUGGCAAAGCUUUCAGCAUUAACGAGAAAUUAAUUUGGCAUCGAAGACUUCACAGUGGGGAGAAACCCUUCAAAUGUGUGGAGUGUGGGAAAAGCUUCAGCUACAGUUCCCAUUAUAUCACACAUCAGACAAUCCACAGUGGGGAGAAGCCCUAUCAGUGUAAGGUGUGUGGGAAGGCCUUCAGUGUUAAUGGAAGUCUAAGUAGGCAUCAGAGAAUCCAUACGGGAGAAAAGCCCUAUCAGUGCAAGGAGUGUGGAAAUGGCUUCAGCUGUAGUUCUGCAUAUAUUACACAUCAGAGAGUCCACACUGGGGAGAAACCUUACGAGUGUAAUGACUGUGGGAAAGCUUUCAAUGUUAAUGCAAAAUUAAUUCAGCAUCAGAGAAUCCACACUGGGGAGAAGCCUUAUGAAUGUAAUGAAUGUGGAAAAGGCUUCAGGUGCAGCUCCCAGCUUAGGCAGCAUCAGAGCAUCCACACAGGAGAAAAGCCUUAUCAGUGUAAAGAGUGUGGAAAAGGCUUCAAUAAUAAUACAAAACUCAUUCAGCAUCAGAGAAUCCACACAGGUGAGAAACCCUAUGAAUGCACUGAAUGUGGAAAAGCCUUCAGUGUCAAAGGGAAGUUAAUCCAACACCAGAGAAUUCACACAGGCGAGAAACCCUAUGAGUGUAAUGAAUGUGGGAAAGCCUUCAGGUGUAACUCCCAAUUUCGGCAGCAUCUGAGAAUUCACACUGGGGAGAAGCCCUAUGAGUGUAAUGAGUGUGGAAAGGCCUUCAGCGUUAAUGGGAAACUAAUGAGGCAUCAGAGAAUUCACACUGGGGAGAAGCCUUUUGAAUGUAAUGAAUGUGGGAGAUGCUUUACUUCUAAAAGAAACCUACUUGAUCAUCACCGAAUCCAUACUGGAGAAAAGCCCUAUCAAUGUAAGGAAUGUGGGAAAGCCUUCAGUAUCAAUGCCAAACUAACUAGGCAUCAGAGGAUACAUACUGGGGAGAAACCUUUCAAAUGUAUGGAAUGUGAGAAAGCGUUCAGCUGUAGUUCUAACUAUAUUGUGCACCAGAGAAUUCACACUGGAGAGAAACCCUUUCAGUGUAAAGAGUGUGGAAAAGCCUUCCAUGUUAAUGCCCAUUUAAUUCGGCAUCAGAGAAGCCACACUGGGGAGAAACCCUUCAGAUGUGUGGAAUGUGGCAAAGGCUUCAGCUUUAGUUCUGACUACAUUAUACAUCAGACAGUCCACACUUGGAAGAAACCCUAUAUGUGUAGUGUGUGUGGGAAAGCAUUCAGGUUUAGCUUCCAGCUCAGUCAGCAUCAGAGUGUCCAUAGUGAAGGAAAAUCCUAAUAAUGAGAAAGAUGUAGAAAACUCUCAAGAUUAAUGCCAAAAUGGAUCAAGUAUCAUCAGAUUCACCCAUUGAAAAACCCCCAAGAGGGAAAGAAUAUGGCAGAGUCUUCAUAGGGAAACAGUUUUUAUUCUAUUCAAUUUUUAAUCAAGAAAGGAUGACCACUUAAAGAGAAACAUCCAAGAAUAAAGAGCUUUGUUUUGUACCAACAGGAAUUAGAAAAUAUAAUGAAAGAAAAGAUUUCAUUCCCAGCAGCAUCAAGAAAAGUAGAUUUUCUAGAAAUAAACAGUUAUGGAAGACUUGUAUGGAGAAAUUUAAGUCUUCACUGAGAGCCACUUUAGAAAGGAAAUUUGAAUAAAUGGAGAGAGAGAGAAGCCUUGUUGUUGGAUAGGAAAACCCAUACUAAAGAUACUCUACCCGCAUUAAUUUAUUUGUUUAAUUUUUGACAACAAGCAUGUAUUACUUUUGAAAAGAUGAAAAAUAAAGAUUUAUUUAAAAAAGGAAAAA